AUGCCUGAUCUGCUUCUUGUUUGUAUUCAUGAUGCAUUUAAGUCAUUAUUAACAUCAAAAAUUAAGAAUUUUAUAGAAGUAUUGAAAAAAAAUAAAAGAAAAUGGCUCGACAGCGGUGACUAUUCUGUAUACACCGGACAAGCAGGAAUUGCAUGUACAUUAUAUCAUUAUGGAAAAUAUUAUAAUGAUUCUGAGAAUACUAAUAUGGCAGCAGAAAUAUUACAAAGAUGUGCUACAGAAUUUAAAAGCCGACGUGAAGUCACAUUUCUGACUGGAAUUGUAGGUCCAUUAGCAUUAACAGCAGUUAUGCUACAUUCACAACAAAAGAGAGAACAAGCAGAACAAUUAAUUCUUAAAUUAAAAUCUUUAUCUACUUAUGUUUUGGAUAAACGUAGUGGUGUCCCUGAUGAAUUAUUAUACGGAAGAGCUGGAUAUUUAUUUGGUUUACUUUAUUUAAAUUCAAAUAUACUUCCAGCUCCUAUAGAAGCAGAUCUUAUCAAACAGGUUGUUUCUUGUAUAAUUAAUUCUGGAAUAUCAUAUGCUACGUCAAAUCGUAGCCAAUCACCUUUAAUGUAUUCUUGGCAUGAUACAGAAUAUAUUGGAGCUGCUCAUGGAUUAGCAGGCAUAUUGUAUUUGCUCUUGCAGGCACGACAAUAUUUAACGCAGGUCCAGAUCGAUGAUUACAUUAAACCAUCUCUGUAUUAUCUCCAAAAAUUGCAAUUUUCUUCUGGAAAUUUUCCUUCUUCAAUUGGCAAUUUUUCUGAUAAAUUAGUACAUUGGUGUCAUGGAGCACCUGGAAUGUGUGCAUUAUUUUGUUUGGCUUAUAAGGUGUUUGAAGACAAUACAUUUCUAGAGACUGCAAUACAAUGUGGAGAAGUAACAUGGGAACGAGGACUACUAAAAAAAGGAUAUAGUAUUUGUCAUGGUGUUGCUGGAAAUGGUUAUACUUUUAUACAUUUAUUUCAGCAUACAAAGAAUAUCAAAUACUUAUAUCGGGCUUGUAAGUUUGCUGAAUGGUGUUUUGAUUAUGGAUUACAUCAAAAUCGAUCUCCUGAUAGACCUUUUUCUUUAUUCGAAGGUCUUGCUGGUGUUAUUUAUUUUUUAUUAGAUAUGCAACAAUUACAUUUAGCUAAAUUUCCAAUGUAUGAUAUUUAAAUAAAAAUAUAAUUAUUUAAACAGUCAA